CACACGUAUACAUUUGCACGAAAAAAAAGUGACAACAUCCGGUGAGGAAGGAGUUUCUUGCUCAUUGGUAUUUUUGGAGUAUUUCUAUUUGACACAGAGGAGACAUAAAAAUGGAUAAACUUAAGAAGACGCUGAAGGGGGAAGAUGAUGAAGAGCAGGGCAUUGUGGCACAGAUUAGUGAUGCUUCAACACUAAGUUGGGAAACAAGAAUCAAGGGAUUUGCUAUCUGUUUCAUUCUUGGUGUGAGUUUGUCAGUUUUGGGUUCUUGCUUGUUGUGGUUGCCAAACAAUGGUUUGAUACUUUUUGCUUGUUUCUACACAAUUGGAAACAUCUUGUCACUAGGGAGCACAUGUUUUCUGAUGGGUCCAGUAAAACAGUGUAAAAAGAUGUUUGCACAGACAAGAAUUUUUGCAACCAUUCUUGUUGUUGUCAUGUUUAUUUUAACAUUAGUUUGUGCAAUAGCGCUGAAAAAUGCCAUUCUUACACUGAUGUGCUGUAUAGUACAGUUCCUGGCCUUGACCUGGUAUUCCUUGUCAUACAUACCCUUUGCAAGAGAUGCUGUGAAGAAAUGUUUUGAGGGUUGUUUCUCCUGAAUACCGCAAAAAACAGAACUCGGCAGCAGUAUUUAUAUGGCAUAUUCACAGCAACAGUUUUUGUACAAAGUACACUUCUCAUUUUGAACAAUAGGAUAUCAGUUGAUAAUAAUUAACUUUUUAUUGUAACUUUUCUUUUUUAUUUUACUUUUUGUCCAUUUUGGAAAUAGAAUUUUCAACCUGUUUUGCUUGUUUAUAGAAUAAAAUCUGUAAAAAGAUCCUUUGGAAGCAUAGAAGGCUUAUUAUUUUUUUUUAAUGGUUCCAGGUACCGGUAAUACAUAAAUAUGUUACGUAAAUCAAGCUUUUAAUUUUCUGUAUAUGGAAGGUUUUUAACAACCUUUUAGUGAUAUUUUGGAUGCGCAUGUGUUUUAAUUAUGGAACUUAUAAUUUAUUCAUAAUCAAAAUUUACUUCAUUACCUAGAGCUCAGACUAUCAACUUUUAUCAAAAUUUGGAGUUUCAUGUAAGAAAGGAAUAUUUUGCAAGUUUUGCUGAGAAAUAAUGCUGGAAUUAGCAUCUUAAUUAUUCAGAUUUAUGUUGCUUAGGCAUUCAUUGAAAUAUAACACAGCAGCUGCAGAAAUUGAUUUUUAAGACGGAGAUAAUUGAGAGUUUUAAAAAAUUGGCAAAGCAACAAAUUUUGAGAGGAAAACAUCCCCAUAUGUUUGAACUGUUACAAAAUUAAAAAUGAAAGUCUAGUUUUUAUGAGAUAAGAAUGUCAAGAGACUAUAAUACAGCUUUCAUUUUAAAUUUUUUUUGAAUAAUUGCAAAUUUCAUAUUUUUUACAUUAUAACAUUUUAUGAUCCAAAGAAGGAUAUUGUGUUUGUUUUGUUUUGUUGCACAGUCUUUAAGGGAGAAACAGAAAUCCGGAUGAGAAAAUUAGAUUUGUACAAAAUGUUGAAAUUGUAUUUUAUCUGAACUGGAAUUGAAUAUGAAUUAUAUAAUAAUAAUAAUUAUUUAAAUAUUAUAGUGAAUGUAUCAAUAACAGUUGUAGUUGAAAAAUCAAGAUCUAAAGCCCCUUUGAAUGUGUUUGUCAUGAGAAGGGUACAAAAUAAACACAACUUUGCCAUACGAAUGCCACAAGAAUCAGUUACUCUUUAAACAGAGGGAUUUUUUAUUUGUAUGGAUUUCCUUUAAAGUACCAGUCAUGUGUCCAAGUGCUCUAAUGAGCUCUUGCAUAAAAAAUAGACACUUAUUGACACAAAGUAUUGCCUGUUACUUGCUUAUUUAUUGUCUGCCAAAAAAAGCUAUAUCCAACUGUUAUGGGUAUUUCUGUAGUUAAAUGUAAUUACAUUUGUUUUACUAUACAGCUAGAUCACAAUGAAGUGUCUUAAUAUGCACAAUUUCCUGUCUGAUGGAGAUAUAGACAGCUAUCUGUAAUAUAUAUUAUGAUUUGGCUGGGUGUGAGUUUUGGAGGACAUGCUCUCUUGUUGGUUAGAUAUCUUCCCUGACCGGUUUCGUUCAGCUGUUGUGAACUUCUUCAGAGGACUUGACCAUAAUGACUAGGCAAGUUUGUUUGCAUUAUGUGCAGUGUGAUGCAGCAUCAUACUGCACAUCAUGCAGAUCAUAAUCAUUGAGAUCAUGCAUUGUGACCCAGAGACAGCAAAUAACACAAAAAUAUAAGAUGUAACAAGUAAUACUCUGGGAUCCAUGAGCUUCGUACUAUCAACCCAGUAGGGAUCAUUAUUUCCAGACAGAAUGGGAAUACUCAGCCACUUCAUUUAUCCUAUCUGUAAUAUAUACAAGUAACUUUAAAUGAACUGCUUAAUAGAUGACUGAGCCGCGCCAUGAGAAAACCAACAUAGUAGCUGUGCGACCAGCAUGGAUCCAGACCAGCCUGCGCAUCCGAUAAAGUGAACAGCAUGGAUCCUGACCAGACUGCGCAGAUGUGCAGGCUGGUCUGGAUUGAUGCUGGUCGCAAAGCCACUAUGUUGGUUUUCUCAUGUUCUUAUACAUGGUGAGAAGCAUUAUCAAAAGGUCCAGGUCAUCCUCAUGCGGGUUAACCUGCUGUUUAUUGUGUUAUGUUCUAACUUUUCAUCAUGAACAAAUUAUUCACUCCAACAUGGAAUUAACCUUUAGCCUGCUAGAUUUGUAUAAUGAACUGGUCCAUCAUUCAAUUUGGGCAGUACCAUUUAUUACUAAAAUUUGAAGGGGUGUUUACUGAAAAUUUACUGACUGAAUAGCGAACAGUGCAGGCCAUGAUCAGACUGCAUGGAUGUGCAGGCUGAUCUUGGUCUGCACUGGUCGCAAAGGCAGAAUCACUUCCCACUAGCAGGCUAAGGGUAAAGUAAUUUUUAAGGUUUCAUAAACAACAUUUACCUAUAAAAUGAUAUUUCAGUGUGAUACAGCUGUAUAUGUGUUUUGUUGGGAACAAAUAUUUCUGCUAUAAUAUUAGUGUUGUCUAUUUAAGUGAUAAUUAUGUUGAAUGAAGUGCUGUUAUUGAUUGUUAUAGGGAGUGUUACUAUGCUACCAUAAUAAAAUGUUAUUAUAUGAUUACAUUGUAUAUAUAAUCACCAGUCCGUAGGUGUAUGUAUAUGCUAUAUGUGUAGUCUAUAUAAAAUACAUAUUUACUGGGCUAAAGUCAAAACUUUUCAGACCGGAAUGGCAAGUGUUUGAAACAUCAUUGAAGGUCCUUCUAAAUUUCUACAUUAUGUAGAAAUUGCAGAGAACUUUUUUUGCAGAAAUAAAUAUAUACUAGUUUUAAAGUAAUAAACACUGGACCUCUACAUGUAUUCUCCUAUGUUAAAGAAUUUUGUCAUAUUUUACUGCUUUCCCUGUACAUUGUUGAAUUUGGCAUUAUACCUAGAUAAUAACUUUCCAUACAUAAUGGCUUGUUUAAGAGAAAUAAAGUUCUUGUCAAAUUUGUUUUUUUUGGCUUGGUACUCUUCAAAGUACAUUUGUAUGUCUCCAUAUUGUACAGAACAAUGUUGUAUAAUUGAAUAUCUAUGAGACUAUACAGUACAUGUUUAAAAUUUUCAUAAUUCCUCACUAUGCUGUAUGAUAUACCAUAGUUACAUGAAAUAGUCUGUCUAUCAGUUGUCAUCAUUUCAUGUUUACUAAUAGUGCUAAUAUCAUGUGAUAAUAUGAAGACAUUCUAUUUUCAUAUUGUAAAUUAGUUUUCAGAGGUGCUCUGCUGUUUGGUUGUCAUGGUAACUAUCCGCUAUAUUAACUUUUAUGAGAAGGUGUUGUAAAAUACUUUAUUUUGGUGAAUUUUAUUUUGGCUAAUACUUGCAGGUUUCAUUCCUGGCAAAUUCAAAGAUUUUAUGACAAAAGUGAUACCAGUUUGUAACAGUUAACACACAAUAUAUCCAGAUGUAGUGUUGCUUUCAUUUUUUCAACAUGGCAAAUUCAACAUUUCACAAAUAAAUAAAAUGUGACCUAUCAGAGCUAAGUGGCAGAAUAAAGUUUAUGCAGAUUUAAAGUAUUGACAGUCAUUCUAUGAAUAAAUUUAAUUUUCUUUCCAUUUAGUCUCUUUAUGAUAAGAUUGAUAGUAUUUUUUUUUCAAAUAUAUUAAUGUAUUUUGCUAUUAAUCAUGCAUGUAUAUUUUACCUAACAGACAAAGUGUGUCUCUAUUAUUGUACAUAUUUAUCCUCAUGCCCAGACUUUCUCUCAUAUACUGUUCUUUUUAUAAUUAUUUUUGCAUGCUUGUGUUAAAAAAGUCAGGUAUUAUAUUUUACAAAAUUUUCUGUUACUUGUUUUUAACACAAACUACAACCCCUUUAUCUAACAUUUUUAGAGUUCUUAGUUUGGUUCAAAAAAUGAUAAAGGAUGUUAAAUAAGUCAAUAUAAUGGUACUUUUCUCUAAGUUAUUGAUAUACACUUUUGUAGAAUAAAGUUACUGAAUUGUAUAAAAAGCAUACAUUCAAUGUUGCCAUCAAAGUCUAUUUCAAGUAUUUCUUUCCUAAAAUUAUCUACCACCUUGUGUGAUACUGUCAGUUAGAUAUUAUUAUCAGUUGAUAUACUAAAUGUAUAAUUCUUUCUUUUCCUGUGCUUGUUGAAAUAACACUGUGCAUUUUUUCGCUCACCUGUCACAAAGUGACAAGGUGAGCUUUUGUGAUCGCGCGGUGUCCGUCGUCCGUCCGUCAGUCCGUGCGUGCGUGCGUCCGUCCGUCCGUCCGUCCGUAAACUUUUGCUUGUGACCACUCUAGAGGUCACAUUUUUCAUGGGAUCUUUAUGAAAGUUGGUCAGAAUGUUCAUCUUGAUGAUAUCUAGAUCAAGUUCGAAACUGGGUCACGUGCCAUCAAAAACUAGGUUAGUAGGUCUAAAAAUAGAAAAACCUUGUGACCUCUCUAGAGGCCAUAUAUUUCACAAGAUCUUCAUGAAAAUUGGUCAGAAUGUUCAUCUUGAUGAUAUCUAGGUCAAGUUCGAAACUGGGUCACGUGCCCUCAAAAACUAGGUCAGUAGGUCUAAAAAUAGAAAAACCUUGUGACCUCUCUAGAGGCCAUAUAUUUCACAAGAUCUUCAUGAAAAUUGGUCAGAACGUUCACCUUGAUGAUAUCUAGGUCAAGUUCGAAAGUGGGUCACGUGCCAUCAAAAACUAGGUCAGUAGGUCAAAUAAUAGAAAAACCUUGUGACCUCUCUAAAGGCCAUAUUUUUCAUGGGACCUGUAUGAAAGUUGGUCUGAAUGUUCAUCUUGAUGAUAUCUAGGUCAAGUUCGAAUCUGGGUCAUGUGCCAUCAAAAACUAGGUCAGUAGGUCUAAAAAUAGAAAAACCUUGUGACCUCUCUAGAGGCCAUACAUUUCAUGAGAUCUUAAUGAAAAUUGGUCAGAAUGUUCACCUUGAUGAUUUCUAGGUCAAGUUCGAAAGUGGGUCACGUGCCAUCAAAAACUAGGUCAGUAGGUCAAAUAAUAGAAAAACCUUGUGACCUCUCUAGAGGCCAUAUUUUUCAUGGGAUCUGUAUGAAAGUUGGUCUGAAUGUUCAUCUUGAUGAUAUCUAGGUCAAGUUUGAAAGUGGGUCACGUGCCUUCAAAAAGUAGGUCAGUAGGUCAAAUAAUGAAAAAACGUUGUGACCUCUCUAGAGGCCAUAUUUUUCAUGGGAUCUGUAUGAAAGUUGGUCUGAAUGUUUAUCUUGAUGAUAUAUAGCUCAAGUUUGAAACUGGGUCAACUGCGAUCAAAAACUAGGUCAGUAGGUCUUAAAAUAGAAAAACCUUGUGACCUCUCUAGAGGCCAUACCCUUGAAUGGAUCUUCAUGAAAAUUGGUCAGAAUGUUCACCUUGAUGAUAUCUAGGUCAAGUUUGAAACUGGGUCACGUGCCUUAAAAAACUAGGUCAGUAGGUCAAAUAAUAAAAAAACCUUGUGACCUCUCUAGAGGCCAUACUUUUCAUGGGAUCUGUAUGGAAGUUGGUCUGAAUGUUCAUCUGGAUGAUAUCUAGGUCAAGUUUGAAACUGGGUCAACUGCGGUCAAAAACUAGGUCAGUAGGUCUAAAAUUAUUAAAAUCUUUUGACCUCUCUAGAGGCCAUAUUUUUCAAUGGAUCUUCAUGAAAAUUGAUCUGAAUGUUCACCUUGAUGAUAUCUAGGUCAGUUUCGAAACUGGGUCACGUGCGGUCAAAAACUAGGCCAGUAGGUAUAAAAAUAGAAAAACCUUGUGACAUCUCUAGAGGCCAUAUUUUUCAUGAGAUCGUCAUCAAAAUUACUGAGAAUGUUCACCUUGAUUAUAUCUAGAUAAAGUUCAAAACAGGGUCACGUACCUUCGAAAACUAGGUCAAUAGGUCAAAUAAUAGGAAAACCUUGUGACCUCUCUAGAGACCAUAUUUUUCAAUGGAUCUUCAUGAAAAUUGGUCAGAAUUUUUAUCUUGAUAAUAUCUAGGUCAAGUUCAAAACUGGGUCACAUGAGCUCAAAAACUAGGUCACUAUGUCAAAUAAUAGAAAAAACGACGUCAUACUCAAAACUGGGUCAUGUGGGAAGAGGUGAGCGAUUCAGGACCAUCAUGGUCCUCUUGUUUUAUAUAUAUAAAAGCCAAAGUUACCUUAUACACCUAUAAUCUGCUAUGUUCUGCGGGUACAUUUACGCUGAGAGAGGUAUGAAAUGCUGAAUACUGUUGAUGCUAGAUUUAAUUGUGUGACAAUGCAUUGCUCUCCGUCAUUUUGUUGCCAUUUAAUUUUUUUGUUAUGGAUGACAUUUGACAGUUUCAGUGUGAUUACAAAAUCUCUGUAUUUAACGUAAAUAUUCUUUGGCCGUUUAUAGCUCAAACAAACAAGGCUUUCUGUACCAGCCAAGAAAAGCCAAAAUUGCAAAGGGAGAGAAUACAUUAUCAUGUGGAAAUUGCUGAUUGCUAUAAAGAGUUCACUACCUUUAGACUGUUUAUUAGAAGAUUAUCGAUUGUUUAUAAAAAAUUGGUUAAUUCACUGGCUGUGUAAUGGUUUCCUGGUACAAAAGUAUGUGUAAAUAAAAUGUCUGAUAUAUUUGUUUGACUAAAUAUUGUUCUUCAUGCAACAGACUUACAAAUUAAAUAAAUGAAAGUGUUUCAGAUA